AUGAAGAUAAUUACUUGUAUCAACAGCUGCUCAUUGUUCAUUUACAUCCUCUUCAUCCUUUCUGGGGAGGCCAAAGAAAUCACAAUCAACUUGAACAACAACUGCAAGUUUCACAUAUGGCCAGCCAUUGCCUCAAACACAGGCGAAGUCAUAGCCAGGGGCGGUUUCCAUCUUCGUUCAGGCAAAACCAAAUCCAUUCAACUCCCCGGAACCUGGAGCGGCCGCAUCUGGGCUAGAACCGGCUGUGACUUCAGUACCGACUCUUAUCCCGCAUGUGAAACAGGGGACUGUGACGGCCAGCUGGAAUGCAACGGCAAGAUUGGCACUCCACCCGUGACACUAGUCGAACUCAACCUUCAAUCCAAUAAGGAUAAACCUAGCUUCUACGAUGUCAGCCUAGUGGACGGUUACAAUUUGGCGGUUUCUGUUUCGACAAAGCCUGUGAAAUCGAGAUCUUGUGUGAUUGGAGGGUGCGUGAAGGAAUUGAAGAACAAGUGCCCUGAUGAACUGCAAUUGGUAAAUAAGAAGAAGGAAGUGGUGGCUUGUCGGAGUGCCUGUCUUGCGUUUAAGGAAGAUAAGUAUUGUUGUGUUAAUGAGUAUGGGAGCCCUGAUAAAUGUCAGCCGACUAAGUAUUCUAAGACGUUUAAGGAGGCUUGUCCUUCUUAUUUUAGCUAUGCCUUUGAUAGCCCUUCUCCGUUGGUGAAUUGUCAUUCUGAUGAGUACGAGGUUACUUUUUGUCCAUCCAAAAGGGACAGUAUUGAUCAUGAUCAACUUCAAUACAACUAUGUCCAAGAGGACAUGGGUAUGGUUGAAUGA